AUGCACAGCAGGGCAACUCUCGCUGCCUUCAUGCAGGGGCGGCGGAAUUUCGCGAGGAGGGUGGAGGGGGGGCUGAAGCCGUCGUCCCUGAGAGUGCGAAGUGAGAAAUCCAAUUUCAACGACAUCAUAAGUAAGUAUUUUCCAAAUGCGAAGUUGAGAAAGGGAGGAAGUCGGCAUAGCCCCGGUCCAACCAGUGACAAAAGCGGGGAGAAGUACUACUUGUCCGCAAGGAUGAAAAGAAAGGCGGAACAGUUAAGCGGUGGUAAGGAGGUGAACCUCCCUGAAGUGGAAGCGGGAAGAAAGGCCUACCUUCCGACGAAUAGUCUAACAGAUUGUAAGGUAUCCCCUGAAAGUACAGCAACAGAUUGUGUGGCAACCCCAAACGGACCUGGCAACACCACGCAGGUCAGCAGGACGAACUCUGGGCGAAUGGAACUGAUGGAAAUAUCGAAAGAGGAUCACGAAAUUCAGAAAUACAAAAAUAAAUUACACAAAAAAAUUUGGAUCUGUCUUAAACGAAAUAACGAAAAGGAGUUUGAAAAAUUGUACAAUGAACUAACCAUGUACCAGUUGAAGGAUGAAGUAUCCUACAGCAUUCUUCUCCAUGGAAAGCUCAUCAUAUCGAACGGAAGCGAUAUAAAGGAGUGCUUUAAACUGCUGAACGAAAUGAAACAGAAGAAGGUGCAUCAUUCACUAGUACGUUUAAAUGAAAGGUUACUCUGCAGUUACCUUGAAUUGGCAAAGUUGAAUGUGAAGCCUAGAGCCAAGCAGUGGGUUAAAAUAUUAAGGACCGUUUGGUUCACCUCCGCUUUGAUUAAAGCAAGGAGGCAGAAGUUCAUACUCCGAAAUUUGAUUCGAAUUAAAAAAAUGAAAGGGGAUGGAAACUCUGCUUUGCUUAGCAACUUUAACAACCUCUUUAAUAUCCACAGUUUGCAGUCUCUGUACGUGGAGGGUACAGAUCCCCUCCUGGGUGGGGGUGGGCACAAAAACAAUACGUCUGUUUGCGGAUCCAUCAGUGGAGGAACCCCCAAAUAA